CCCGCCACGCUCGCCCCAUGGCUGGCAGCAGCGCUGGAGGAGAUGCGGCGGAAAAAGGCAGCCAAGCUCAGGCGCCAGCACCUGCAGCUCCAGCAGGAGCUGCUGGAGCAGCAGCAGCAGCAGCAGCAUGGGUAUCUGGACGGGCUUCUGUCCCCGCGUUUGAAGGCACGAGGGGCAGCAUCUCACAAAGGCUCUGUGCUGCCAGGGAACAGGGCAGCCGCAGGAGGGGCAGCAGCAGGAGACGCAGGAGCAGCUGCAUCAAGAGCAGCAGCAGCAGAAGGGGCAACAGCAGCAGGAGUGGGACUGAGGGCACAAGCAGCAGCAGAUGCAGCAGCAGCAGUGGUAGAGCGUCCAACGCCAAAGAAGCCCAAGCGGCCGUUCAGGCUGGAAGCAGUGGUGGGGGCAGUGGGGGCGAAGCUGACAGUGCACGACUACGACGGCACACCGCUCUACAAGGCCUCUGCUGCCAAAUUCCACGUCUUCCUCUCCCAAUCCGCCGGCCCUCUGGCUGCCUCCCACCCCCAUUCUGGUGGCUCUUUUGGCGCCUUUGGGCCGGUUUCGCCUGCCGCCGCUGCUGGGAAGGCAGGGCAGGGCGGCAGAGGAGGCUUUCACCCGUUCCUGAGUCGGAGUAGCAGUCCGGGCGUGUCUAGAAGCAGCAGCAAGGCUGAAGCAGCCAGGGUUACUCUUAGCAGGACUAGUAGCAGCAGCUUGGGGGCCAGUCCAGGUGCUGCUGCUCCUGGUGCCUCUGCCUCCUCCUUCCCCUCCUCGUCCUCCAUCCCGUCUGCCUCUCCCCCCGACGCUGCGGCUGCGGCUGCUGCUGCUGCUGCUGCUGGUGUUGUUGCUGGUGCUGGCAGUCACAUGGAGGUACAGGUGGAGUAUUCAGGCGUACAGGUGGUGCGGCUACCCAGAGAGGAAGACUUUGCUAGGCUGGGUGGGACAGAGGGUGCUGGUGCAGCGCAUGUGGGCUGGGCUUCCUAUUAUCCUUCUGCCUCUUCUGCUGCUGCUGCUGCUGGUAGUACGUCUGGCUCUGCUGCUGCUGCCUCCGCUUCCUCUGCUGCUGCUGCUGCCUUGCCCCGGGAGCAGGUGUUUAUUCAGGUGUCUCGGAUGGGAGUGGAGUGGGGCCCUGGGAUCCCUGACAACGUGGGGGUCAGGGGACUCAGGAUCCGCCCCUCCUUCCCUCUCCUGGGAACCCUAGCGGAGGAGGUCACCCGAGCAGAGCAGUUUGUCAAGAGGGAGAAGAAGAGAGGUGCGGCUGAUGCUGCUGCUGCUGCUGCCAGUGCUGCUGGUUCCCCUGCUGCUGCCGCUGCUGCUGGGGGUGCUGGGGCCGGGAGUGACCCUGCUGGCGCUCCUGCCACCGCCAAGAAGAAGGGCAAGGGCAAGGGGAAGGGAAGCAAGGGCGUGAAGGCGUUCCGGGUGGUCCUUGACGACGCGCUUCUGGAGCUCUCCUGCCCGUGCACGGUGGCUGAAGCCGACGUGCUGGACCCCAAGAAGGUGCACUUCGGAGACGAGUUGGGCGAGCGGGUGUUUGACCUAACUCCUGAGGGGGAUCUGAGGGUGGCGAAGGUGAGAAGGUUUGAGUGGGAGGGUAAGGUCCAUGGUGCUGUGGAGUGUAGGCUGAGGGUGGAGCUGCCACAGAGUGCGCAUGUGCUGCUGCAGAAGGGGCUCGUAGGUCCGGACGGAGGUCCGGCGCCGGACCGGGUUGUGGUUACCGCAGCUGGGCUGGAGGCUCGGUGGGAGCCGGAUGUGCAGGUGUUGGUGGUGGAGGUGGGGGAGGAGGUGAAGGAGGUGACUGGUCGGCGGAAAGCAGUGGUGCAAGCAUGGCGGGCGAUGGCUGAGAGAGAACAGGAAAGGGAGCAGGGGGUGAAGGUGCAGGCGCAGCAGCAAGAGCAGCAGCAAGAGCAGCAGCAAGAGCAGCAGCAGGCGCAGCAGCAGGCGCAGCAGCAGGCGCAGCAGCAGAAUGCAGGGAAGGGCGAGGGAGGGAGUGCGGAGAAGCUAGCUACAUCAGGUGGCAGCCUGGAUUUUAGUCUUCUCGGAAGGGAAGGUGGGAGCCAGCUAGGUGCAGCAGCCUCCCCUAGGCUUCCCACGGGCAUCAGCUUGCCUCCUUUUUUCUCCCCUCGCCAGUCCACCGCCCUCCCAAACAAGUCACCUGGCAGCACUCCCCGCAGCAGCAGCAUGGGGGCAUGGGCGUCGCUGCCCCCGGUAGCUCCUGGGGGCGAUGGUAGACGGUCCGUGGGGACUGCCAAGUCAGCCGGUGCUGCUGCUACAGUGCUAGACGGUGCUGUCGUAGGGGGGUUAGGGGGAGGGGUUGGUGGCGGUGGCGGUGGCACUGGCAGGCGCAGAAACAGUGACAGCAGUGUUGGUACCGCUACCGCAGCAGGCGGUGCAGCUGCCAGCUGGCAGCAGUGGAAGCAGGGAGAGCACGUGGCAGGAGCAUCAGCUGCUGGAGCAGCAGCGCCCGGUGAUUCGUCUGCUGCUCUGGGAAAGCAGGGCAAGCCUGGCAAGCGCAAGAAGCCGAAGCCAGUGAUAGCAGUGGAUGUGACGGGGGUGGUGGUGACAGUGGGGAUAGGCGACGAGACGGAGAUGCGGGUGGAGGCCAGGGGGCUGUUCUCUGAGGAUGCUGCCAUGGGGGCGCUCCUGGAGGGGAUGUGUCUGCGGAUUAAUGACGCUGCCAUGCUGUUCAGUGACUCGUUCCAGCCAGGGGAAGACACCUCGACGGUGUGGGACUAUGUGAUCCAGGCGAGCUCGUCGCGCUUCAUCCUGCCGUUCCAGUUUGAGGUGCGCGCCGUGGAGGACAGCGCGGAAGACAUGAUGCGCGUGCUCAAGGCGGUCACUGCUGCGCAGAAGAUGGCCAGAAACGCCCAGCGAAUGCGGCAGGGGAGAGCUGGUGGUACCGGUGUUGCUGCUGCGGCGGCUGCUGCUGGUGCUGCUGGUGGUGCUGCUGGUGGUGGUGCUGCUGCUGCUGGUGAUGCUGGUGUGGGUGGUGCUGCUCCUGCAGCGCCUCCUGCUGGUUCAGGGCCAGCAGCAGCCGUGAGGGACCCAGCAGCAGUGGCAGCAGCAACGGCUGCAGCAGUCACAGCAGCACAGGCGGAGGGCGUCAUCCCCCCCACCGUCCCCUCCUCCUCCUCCGCCCCCAAGCCCAAAAAACCCCCAGCGCGGCGCAAGGGGCUCAUACGCCUUAUAGUGAAGGAGCUUCUAUUGGAGGUGGAGGAGGAGCCUAUACAGGGGUGGCUGGACGAGAGGCGGCAGCUGAUGAAAACCGUUGAGGCUGUGGGUCCUGCUCCGCUUGCGGGCGAAGCCAAGGGCGCGGCAGUCAGGAUGAAACUUCUCCGGGAGCGUUUCCAGGCUGCCCGGGAGGAUCUGCACCGGCGGGCAGGUCUGGCGUACAAAGCGGCGUGCGAAAACCUAGUGAAAGACCCGGGCACGGGCUGGGCAUACAAAAUCGGGUUGAACGAAAAAUACCCGAUGACCACCACCCGCAGAAGUGCGGCCAGCCUGUGGUUUGCCUUUGCUGAGCUGGCUCUGAUACCAAUAGAGCACGGGCGGCAAGGCACGGUGGCUAAGAUUCGUGAGCUCGACACUAUUCCAGCCUCAGAAAACGUGCCGAUUGCGAGGAUGUAUGCGAGAGCAGUGGAGCUGUCCUGUGUGGGGCUGAGGUUUUCCCUGAGGGACUAUCCGCUGCCACUGUUUGCGGCAGCUUCCGGGAAGCUUCGUGGGACAGCGAUCAUGGCAGCGCAAGCCACGGUGUACCAGCCGCAGCAGAAGUCCGACGUGUUUCUCGGAAGGUUCCGGCGAGUCACUGUACUCCGGACGGCCAGCGGAGCCACCCCUCCCCUGAAGUUCUACUAUGAGGCAGAUGCGGAGUUUGAGUCCGCGGACCUGUCGUACGGUGUGGGGUAUGAGCCCAUGCUGUUUGCCGACGUGAGUUACGCGGUAACCUGCGCCGUGCGCAAGGGCCAGCCGACGACCCGGCAGGCGAAGGUGAUCGCAGCAGCAGCCGCGGCAGCAGGAGCAGCAGGAGUCCCCUACCCUCCUGUGCAGAACACUCUGUCUGUGCCGGCGCUGGCGGCUGCGGCUGACCCUGCUGCCGCUCCGCCUGUGUGGCCUCCUGUGGAACGGAGCCUCCCCUGGUGGGACAUCAUGCGGUAUUACAUGCACGGGCAUGCAGAGUUCAUAGCCCUGGACUACCAGAACGACAUGCUCACCCUGGUGGGGUCCCGGCUCGUGUUUUCCCAGAAGAAAGGGCAGAUGUUUGUACGGGGGGAGGAUCUAGAGGCGCAUGUGACGAGCGUCCCGGAGGACCCGCUGAGGAAGGCGGAUGCGUGGACACCGGUCUUGGAGCUGGAUAUUCGGCUGGACUGGGAGGUGGAGGGGGAUGGGGAUGCCUGCGCGCACUACCUGCAUGCGCUGCCAACAGAACGGGGCAUGCGGACGGUGCUGUACGACCCGUUCCGGUCGGCUGGGAUGAAUUUCCGCUGGGACUGGCGGUUUUUGUCCAAGGAGCAGGCGAGGGAGAUCCACAGCAGGGGGGAAAAGCACGGGAAGAGGGGGGGGGACAUGCGGGUGGUGCGGGUGGUGCUGGUGUUGCCAGUGCUGGUGUUGCCAAUGCUGGUGGUGGUGCUGGUGGUAUGGGAAGGCCCAACCAUGCGGCAUCAGCCAUACCACGCUCCACCUCUCUCUCUUCUGCGUCGCUCUCCCGCGCCUCCUCCUCCCGCCGCUACCCACGACGACGAAGAUUUCUUCUCGGGCAGCUCGCCUGCCCACCGGUCAUCCAGUGGGGGCUCGUUCUCGUCCGUCGGAUUCGAGUCCAGCAGCUCAUCGCAGGCUGGUGAUUGGCCGAGAGGAGGGGAGUCUGGGGUGGGGCCAGGUACGCAUGGGCACAUGCAGAGGCACAGGCGGACCUCCUCUGGAAGCAUCCCUUGGAAUGUAGGUGGUGGAGGUAAGGGUGGUGGUAUGGCCGCAGCAGGUGCUUCAGGGGAGGGAGGAUCUGGGGUAGGUGGCAGCUUUGGUGCUGGUAUGGGCAGCAGUUUCGACGGUCUAGGCAUGGGGUCAACAGGAGCGGGCGGUGGGACCGGAGGAGGGGGGGAAGGCAACGGGGGGGGAGGAGGAGGAGCAGGAGGUGGGUUUGAUGUGGGUUCGAGCAUCCGGCAGCCGACAUUCAACCUGGCGAGCCACGACAUGGUGUGGCUGUUCAAGUUCUACAAUCUGAUGUACCUCUCCUCCCACAAGCUCCGCAACUUCGGCCGCCGCCGCUACGGCAUCGCCCGCAAGCCCAAGUCCGGCAACCUGAACCUCAGCCAGGUGAUGUCAGAAAUGCUAAUCCGGCUGCAUAUUGCCCCGGGGGCCUGGAGGCACUACUCGUUUCGGAACCCGGACCCGGCGGAAGGGGUGGUUUUGUUGGUUGAGGAAUUGGUGUACGAGCUGUGCUAUAGUCGGAAUUUGAAGGCGUGGGACGGGAAGACGAGGCGGCCAUCGUUUAAGACGGCGCAUACGGGGCUGGAUGUGGUGAGGAUGAGGAUUGUGGUUGAGGAGCCCGGGAGUACGGUGGUGGGCGAGGGGUGGACGAAAGCGGACCAGAGCUUUCUGAUGUCGUGCGACGGGAUAAUGAUCCGCAAGCAGGCGCCGGAUGGGAACGCGGAGCAGAUCCAGAAGUGGCGCGUGGGCGAGGGGUGGAAGAGCUGGCUCAUGGGGGCAACCGGGAGUACAGCAGGUGGAAGGGUAGCGGGGGGCGAGAGGGAGGGAGGGAUGGGCAGCGGUAGGAAGGCUAGCCACUGCCGAAUCAGCGACCUGGACGGCAACUCGGAAAGCGACGAGGAGGAGGAGGAAGAGGAGGGAGAGGAGGAGGGGGAGGGGGAGGAAGAGGGAGAGGAAGAGGCAGAGCAGGACUAUGCAGAUAUCCUUGCGCUGCUGGUAGCAGACAACUGCUGGCGGAUCCUGGUCCCCGGGCUGCGACUCCUGCUCACAGUGCGCAACAGAGACGCCCUCUGGGCGUGGAUGGCGGAAUUCCAAAGGGGUUUUGCCUCGGAUAAGCCGUCCCCGUCGCGCCAGAUGGCGCAGCGCAAGAGGCUGGAGGCGGCCGGCGGGGUGCCGCCGCCGCUGGUGGGCGCUGCUGCUGUUGUGGCACAGGUGGCGGCACAGAUAGCAGCGGAAACAGCGGCGCAAGCGGCGGAGAAAGCGGCUGCUGCUGCGGAGGCAGCGGCACAAGCAGUGGCGGAAGCAGGGGGGGCAGCGGGAGUGGCAGAGGGGGGCCAGACAGGAGGUGGUGUGGCUGCUGCUGCUGGGGGUGGUUCUGCAGGGGGGGGAGCAGGAGGAGGAAUGGGAGUUGGGGCAGCGGGUAUGGGGGUAGGAGGGGGAGAGGAGGACAACUGCUCGCUGAACUAUAUGAUCAACAUCAUUCGGCCUCAGUUCAACUUCCACUCUGAAGAUGCUCAUGGUCGUUUCCUCCUAGCAGCCAAGAGCGGGCGUGUGCUCGCCCGCACCUUCCACUCUGUCUUUGCCGGAGCCAUCGAAGCCCUCGCUGCCAUUUCCCCUCCUCCUCCCCUUCCCUCCUCCUCCUCCUCCGCCCCGCCUGCUCUUUCCACCACCGCCACGAAUGCCACCGCCACCACUCCUCCCCCCACCACUCCUCCCCUCACCACUCCUCCCCCCACCAUCCCCCUUCUCCCUCCGCCACCCCUGCCGCCUCCUCCUUCUCGUCCUCCGCCCCUCCCUCCUCUCUCGCUACCUCGGACUCUGCCCCUGCCCCAUCAGGAACUGUAGCAGCAGCAGGAGCACAAGCAGCAGCAGCAGCGCCAGCAGCAUCAGUAGCAACACUGGCAGAAGCAGGCGCAGGCACAGGUGCAGGGAUAGGAGCAGGAGCAGGGAUAGGAGCAGGAGCAGGGAUGGAGGUAGUAGGGGUAGAAACAGGAGGAGUUGCAGCAGCAGGAGUGGCAAUGGGAGAAAAAAAAGACCGGCAGCAGCAAUAACAGCAGGGGCAGCGGGAGCAGCUGGAGCAGCACCAGCACCAGCAGCAUCGUCCGUUGCCCCUGUGGCACCGCACACGUCAGACAUCAUGCCCGGAUUCGGGGAGGAUCUAGAUACGAUCCAGUGGAACCGGCACGAGCUGGCGGUGAUGCUGGAAAACGUGCAGGCCUACGUGGCACCCACUGACGUGGACCUGACAGCUGGUGUGCAGUGGCUGGCCCACGUGCCCAUGGGAG